AUGAUUUGUUUUUGUGCCACCCCGGUGCGCGUCUACAGCCCAUACCAAGAGUACUACGAGGUGGUGCCUCCCAACGCACAUGAGGCCACGUAUGUCCUCAGCUACCACGGGCCGCCUUACGCAGGCCCUGGUGUGACGCACGUCAUAGUGCGAGAGGAUCCCUGCUACAGCGCUGGCGCCCCUCUGGCAAUGGGCAUGCUUGCGGGAGCCGACACUGGGGCAGCGCUUGGUUCGCUCAUGUGGUGGCCCUGCUGGUUCCGAGCCCUGGGACUCGGAGCACUGGCCCCUGCACUUAGACUGCAAGACCCCUCUUCCUCCUGGAUCUCACCUUCCACCAUCCAAGCCCUGUCCCACUUUGGCCCUAUUGCCUCCAUUAUUUCCUUCCAGAUUUGGACCAUUCCGCUGACUCCCUACCCUCACUUCUCACAUGGGAAGAAGCUAUCAUCCCAGGGAGCUUCAGGCCUGGUAGGGAGAACAGGAGUAAACAAGCACUUGACAAAGCUGCAGAGUUAUCAGUCCUUUGACAAGAACAGGUGGGGCAGGGAGCAAGGAAGUGAAGAAAAAGGUAACUUUUUUCUGUGGGUGUGGUCAUCUACAAGCCACGAAGAGAAGCAUCAUCAGAAACCAAACCUGUCGGGGCCCCGUGCCCAGCUCUUUGCCUGCCUGCUCAGGCUGGGCACUCAGCAGGUCAGCCCCCUUCAGCUUCACACAGGGGCCAGCCACGCAGCCAGGAACCAUUAUGAGGUGCUGGUGCUGGGUGGGGGCAGUGGUGGGAUCACCAUGGUUGCCCGCAUGAAGAGGAAAGUGGGUGCAGAGAAUGUGGCCGUUGUUGAGCCCAGUGAGAGACAUUUCUACCAGCCAAUCUAGACACUAGUGGGUGCUGGUGCCAAACAACUGUCCUCCUCUGCGCCCACCGCGAGUGUGAUUCCAUCUGGUGUAGAGUGGAUCAAAGCUAGAGUGGUUGAGUUGAACCCAGACAAGAGCUGCAUUCACACAGACAACGGCAAGGAGAUCUCCUACCAAUAUCUUAUUAUUGCCCUCGGAAUCCAGCUGGACUAUGAGAAGAUUAAAGGCCUACCUGAAGGUUUUGCUCAUCCCAAAAUAGGGUCAAAUUAUUCAGUUAAGACUGUGGAGAAGACAUGGAAAGCUCUGCAGGAUUUCAAAGAGGGCAAUGCUGUCUUUACCUUCCCAAAUACUCCAGUGGAAUGUGCUGGAGCCCCUCAGAAGAUCAUGUAUUUAUCAGAAGCCUACUUCAGGGAGACAGGGAAGCGAUCCAAGGCCAAUAUCAUUUUCAACACUUCUCUUGGAGCCAUUUUCGGGGUUAAGAAGUAUGCAGAUGCCCUGCAGGAGAUCAUCCGGGAGCGGAACCUCACUGUUAACUACAAGCAAAACCUCAUUGAAGUCCGAGCCAAUAAACAGGAGGCUGUAUUUGAAAACCUGGACAAACCUGGAGAGACCCAAGUGAUUUCAUAUGAAAUGCUUCAUGUCUCACCACCAAUGAGCCCACCAGACGUCCUCAAGACCAGUCCUGUGGCUGAUGCUGCUGGCUGGGUGGAUGUGGAUAAAGAAACUCUGCAACACAAGAGGUAUCCAAACGUGUUUGGGAUUGGGGACUGCACCAACCUUCCUACGUCCAAGACUGCUGCUGCAGUAGCUGCCCAGUCAGGAAUACUUGAUAGAACAAUUUCUCUGAUUAUGAAGAAUCAAACACCAACAAAGAAGUAUGAUGGCUACACAUCAUGUCCACUGGUGACCGGCUACAACUGUGUGAUUCUUGCUGAGUUUGACUACAAAGCGGAGCCGCUAGAAACCUUACCUGUUGAUCAAAGCAAAGAGCGCCUUUCCAUGUACCUCAUGAAAGCUGACCUGAUGCCUCUCCUGUAUUGGAAUAUGAUGCUAAGGGGUUACUGGGGAGGACCAGCGUUUCUGUGCAAGUUGUUUCAUCUGGGUAUGAGUUAAGGAUGGCUCAGCACUUGCACAUCUUGGAUGGCUUCUGGGCCAAGACUGCAGUCACUGAAUGACCAAGAGCAGCAUGAGGACUUGGCACCUAUCCCUGUAAAGGGAUUCUUUAUGGAUAAUGGUGACCAAAUACCUCCCUUUCCAGUAACUUUGAACAGCCACUAUGUGGGCUCCUCAUGAUGGGUUCGAUUCUUUGGGAAUAAUAAAAUGAAAGAAUAGACUUUU